AUGCUGCUCCUGCGCCUUGCUCUGGUCGCGUGGACGGCGCUAGCCGCGCUCGCGGACGUCGGCAAGCUCAAGUUUCCGUCAGGCAGCCUCGUGCUCGUCGUCGGCGGCAACAUCACGACGGGUAUCUCCUGCGACCCGCCGCCUGCCUCCGACCUUCUGGUCAAGAUGAUCCUUACGAGCCGUGGAGGCGCCGGCGCCGGUAGCUUCCCCGUCAUUACGCCCAACCCCGUGCGCAUCGCUGCCGGUACCUUUCGUCCAUCGAUUCUAUCGUCUAAUACGGCGAUACCAGGCGCGAAUGCAUCGGCCUUCAACAUUGUGGGCCACGGCGAAGGUCGCUACUACAUCCAGUACCAUCUCGCGGAAGGCCCGAGCUACGAGACCAACCACGACGAGUCGGUGAUCCUCGUGCUCAACGCCAACGACGGCUGGGAAGGCAUCUGGUUCCAAGUGCAGCUCAACGUUGCCGUCUUCGGCGCGGGUUUUCUUCUCUUCCUCUUUCGCCGCGUCUGGCCGCAUCUCGCAGUGCCCUUCUGGAACGCCCACCGCGAAGGCCUUUUUGAAAAGUUCAACUACGAAGGCUUGACGUCUAUCAAGUUUCAGGACAAGUACGCGUCGAUCUGUGCGCCGACGGUCUGCGAGCGCCUCCAGCGCUUCUUCUCGCUGCCCUGCGACAGCAAAGACGUCGUCGACAUUGCUGGCGUCGACGCCGCGCUGAGCAUGCAUCUGCAAAAGGACAUGGCCCAUUUCUUCGCCAUCAUGAGCGUCCUCAGCAUCGGCGUCCUCAUGCCCAUCCACUAUGUCUCGGGCCGCGACAGCCGCGACGGCAGCAUCGUCGCGUUUCAGCAGACGACGAUCGGCAAUGUGCCGCUUCAGAGUCCGUGGUACUGGGGCCACGUCGCCAUGCAAAAUGCUGUUGGGCGCCGCUUGCACGUCGACGCCACGCGCAUGCUCGGCGCACGCAGCAUCCUCAUCCACGCCGGCCUUCCGAAAGAGUGGAGCAGCUACCAGCUCAAGCGGCAGCUCGCAACCUUCUUUCCUGUGGACGAUAUCAAGACCGCGGUCGCCGUCCAUGACCUCCAGGCACUCUACCGCAUUUUGGACGAGCGUGUCGCGCUGCGUAGCGAGUACAACCGUCUCUUGCAAACGUAUGCCAAGCAGCAAUCCGGGACGCUCCCGAGCUUCAUGCUCUGGUGCCCCGGGUCGUUUUGCUGCCCGUCGAUCCCGAACGUCUUUCGCUCGUACACGCAGUGCCUUCCGUGCAAAGCGCUGUGCUGCGCGCGCUCGGGCGGGCGAAACGCCAUCGAGUACUCGCCCAACCACAGUGGCGACCGGGACAUUGGGCGCAUUCUGGAGCUUGCCUUGCCGCGCGACCGCCAGCGCGCCGAAGCGAUUCGAGACCGCCUCAACUCGUUCCCUAAGCAUGUCCUGGAGCUCUACGCCCAGCGGCGGGGCACGGGCGCAGCGUUCGUCGUCUUUCGCAGUACCGAGGCCAAAGGUCGGUUCCUCGAGCUCGUGGCCAAGGCGAAGCGCUCCAAGAAGAUGCUCCACUGGCCGCAAAUCUCGCAGCGCGACUUGCUCGAGCUCGAAGAGAACGCCGAGCCGCAAGAUUUGAGUGUCCUCAAGCCCCUCGUCGUGCAGAACGCGCCCGAGCCACAAGACGUCAACUGGACCAAUCUGACGUACCAGCCGCGGUCCAUCAAGCGCUUUCUCAAGUUUAUCUUUUACCAGUGCACGACGCUGUUCAUCCUCGUGGUGUUUUCCACGCCGACCGCCGUCCUCAUCUACGUCAACCUCGACAACGACAGCCCCGUGUACAAGCUCUUUACGCGCGAAGUCGACAACGUCGUGACCAAGUUUAUUACCGCGUACUUGCCCUCGCUCAUGCUCAUCAUUGUCAACUGGUGCUUGCUCACGUGUCUCUUUUACACGUCCUUCUUUGAGCCAUGGCUCUCCGAGUCGGAGCGCCAGCGCAGUUUUCUGCGCAAGGGCUUUGCCUACCUCCUCCUCAGCUCGAUCAUCCUGCCGUCGAUUGGCGUCACGGCGGUCUACUUGGCGAACGGCCAAGGGGGCUUUGACCGCGGGUCCGAAGUCGCGUACGUCGAGAAGUUUAUGUUUCAACUGUGCCGCAACUUUUUCAUCGCCUACGUCUGCCAGCGGGCCUUUCUCGGCUCGAUCUUCCAACUGCUGCGCAUUGGCGAGCGCCUCGUCUACCAGCCGUGGCUCAAGGCCCGCGCGAUCACGGCCGCCGAAAUGAAGGCAGCCGAUUUGCCGUGGCCUUUCUACUACGGCUACGACUACUCGAUCGUGCUCAGCGUCUUUAUGGUCGCCCUCCUCGGUAUUGUGCUCUCGCCGCUCCUGACGCCGUUUGGCGCGCUCUACUUUUACAUGAAGUUUUACACGAUGAAGUACAACCUGAUCUACGUGCACCCGCGGAGCUCGGGGCGCGGCGACGUCGCGCGCUCGGCUUACAACAUUGUGUUUGUGUGCCUCCUCAUCUUCGAGGCGUGUGUUCUCUUUGUCAUCCUCGAAGUCGGCCAGCGCGAGCAGUUUCUGGCCAUGGCGCUCCUCAUGGCGGCCACGAUCGUCCUGUACUUUUCCUGGUGGCAGGAGCUCAACCAGAGCUUCGUGCCGGUGACGCCUGCGAUCGCCAAGUACCUCCAGAAGGACUACAAGCGCGAGACGGCGCACAAGUCGCUCGUCGUGACGACGAUGCGGCAGGGAAAGCUGGCCGACAUGAGUCCAGACGAACAGCUGCGGUAUGCGUUUGGGCGGCUCAUGGCCAUGACCGCGGCGCUGCGCGAGAAGGACGAGAAGCGCGCGUACAUCAACCCGUACGACGCCGGUCUCAAGGUGUUUUCGUGCCUCUACACGCAGCAGCAGCGCUGCGACGCGAUGGAGGCCAAGCGCUACGCGUUCCAGCUCCUCAAGCGCAAGACGACGCUGCAUACCAAGUAGACACCUCAUACCUUUCACAACCGCAUGCAUUUUUU